GCGAGAGAGUGACGUGAGCGUCACUUCCCCCCACAAAAUGGCGGCCGUGGUGGGUCUGUCACCGUGCCGGGGCGUUGGGCCCCUUUUCGGGAAGGGCCUCUGUCUCCGGAGCGGCCUUGCCCGUUCCCUCGUGCGGCGGGGCUUGGUGAGACCCAGUGGCUCGACGGCGGUGUACGACGUGGUGGUAUCGGGUGGCGGCAUGGUCGGGACCGCCAUGGCUGCUGCACUGGGUAGGAGGCAGAUCACCAGGCUAGAGACCCUCCUUGCACAGGUCAUAUUCGUAAUUUUAAUCCCUGCAAGCUCCUGUCCUCGGGCUCGUUGGUGGUAUAUAGGGAACCAUUGGCCCUCCCGACGUAAUUUAGGCAAUAAAUGCGUUGUGGGCUACAGUGUUUACAGCUGUGCUGAUGUAUAUACAUUGUUACUGUUUUCUUCAAAUACACCAUUUAAGCGGCGAAUCUUCGCGAUAUGGACUGAAAUCUCAUGUCGGUCGUGUUGAGGAGUUUCAUACCAAUCAUGUAUUUCGCCAACAUUCAGUGCAUGCCAGUGGCAGCACCUGAAUAGACUGGAGGAACAGCUCUCUAAAGGGCUUUAACUGUAACAAUAUUCCAAGGUUAUUGGUGCAUGGAAUAUUCUGGCUGCGUCCAAAUAUUGAAGAAUGCAUUAACAUGUAUUCUUCUGAUCAGGUGGAGUUUGUUGUUAACAGUGUUAGCUUAUUCAGUAAAAACAACAAGGAGUUUUGUGGCACUCUGAAAACUAACACUUUGAUUGAAAGAACUAGUGUCCAUUUCACCAGAGUCCAUUUCAAGUGCUGCCCUGAGUUGUUUUUGUGAAUAUUUAUUCACAUGUACACUGACAUAUUUCUGCAUUUAAUUUUAUUUUGACUUCACUGCUUACAACCCCCUCCCCCCUCUGCUGCAACCAUGUGUUUAGAUAUCAGAAACUCGGGAUAACACAUCAUGUAUUGGAUGAAAUGGACUGUAGUCCACAGUUUAUUUGGCUCUAAAGAGAAAAGCUAGAACUGUUAGCUUUCACUUUUUGGAGUUAAAGAGUGCUAAACAAUUCUGCAUGUUCAGGGGAAGAUGUAAAAUAGAUCUCUUGUAAACUCCUGUUGCAGAACGUUAAAUUAUUGAUUAAUCUUGGUUAAAAUGUUAUUAAACAUCUGGCUUUUUCUUUUAAUAAGGGCAUGAUGUUCAUCUGUCUGAUAAGAAAAUUCUGCUACUUGAAGCCCGUCCAAAGAAAGUGUCUAACCAGUUGCCCAAGACUUACAGUAAUAGAGUCAGUGCUAUCACCCCUGGUUCAGCCACACUUCUCAGUAGUAAGUAUAGCAUUCGCCCGUUAUCUGGUUGCCAGCUAUGCAUGCAUGGGGUUUUGAUGUUGGGAUAUGAAAUUACAGGUGUGAGUCUAUAAAAGCCUGUGUGCCGCAUAGGAUACUGGCUUGGGAUAGAUGGUGAGAAUAAACCCCAUACAUUGUAGAACUGGCUUGAGUCACCUAGAGUAGAAUGCACCUAUAAUGGUCACUUGUUGAAAUUAAUUUUCAGGUUCACACGUGAGCUCUUUGUUUGGAGGUCAAAAAUAGUUACCAGCCUGUCAUAUUUCUGGCCUCAGUAAUCCUCUAGUGUUGUAGCUAGCAUCUAAUAAAAUAGUCUGUUGAUGUGAAAUUCUGGAGUUUCUUACUACAAUAUGUAGUGAUAGCUGCUUUAAAAGGGCAGCUUAAAAGCUGGGCAACUCUAAAAGGGAAUUAGACAAAUUCAUGGAAGUUAAGGCUAUCAAGAUCUGUUUGACUGGACCUAACUGUCCAGGGAUCCUUUACCUUUAUCUUAGUCAUGUAUUCCCAUCAAUAUCAGGCUAUACGAGUCUGAAUACCAGUUGCUGAAAAAACAUAAACAAGAGGGUACUAUUAUGCACAUGUCCUUGUGGCCACUUUGUGAACAAAAUUCUGGACAAAAUGAGCAUUUGGUCUGAUUCAGCAGGAUUUUCUUUGUGUUAUGCUUUCCUAGUUAGUUGCUUAUUGGGACAUGUCCAGAUUACGUCACUGUUUCUGUUCAUAAUUGCUUGGCUCUGUGCAUUGGGGGUAUUUUCUUAGAAAUUGUCAAGUAUAAUUAAAUGGUGCACCAUUCCUUUAGUCAGCUUCUGACAAACAUCUUAGAACUUUCCUCUUCAUAACUGCAAAUCUGCUCAUCUGUGAAACGACAGGUGCUUUUUCUUAUUUAUCUCCCUAAAAUAGUUUAUACAACUAAGCAUUUGGAGGAAUUCAGGUUACUCAUUGCUACUCCAAGGUUUGCCCUGAAGCUUCCAUAACAGUGUCCUUGCUUUCACCAUCCUUGGGGACUUCACUGCUUUUGUUUCUUACAACCCUCCACAUCCCAACUAGACAGUUGGGCCACAGUCAAACCACAAGCAAAUAAGGGAGAGUAGAAAGAAACCAGAUGGAAAUAGUGAGGGAAUUUGAAUUGGUCCUGAGGGUUCCCCAUUAAAAGUUUGCAGAGUGUCAGAACAAUCCUUUAACGUUCUCUUUCUUUUCUAGGUUUUGGUGCUUGGGAUCAUAUUUGCAGUAUGAGAAUCAAGCCAUUUCGGCGGAUGCAGGUGCCUGGUACUGCAAUAUAUAUACUGUGUCUGUGGGUGGUAAUGUAAUUCUUAAGUCCUUGCAAGCAAGGACAUUCUAUUUUGUUUCUGGGGUCUUGUGCAAAGGGUUCAUAUAUAUUCUUUGCAGGGAGAUGCGUAAACUAAACUCUCAACAGGAACAUUAGUAUUUCCUGGUGGGUUCCCCCUUUGCACAGGCCUCAAAAGUGUGAAAAGAGGAUAACUCAGUCAUGCACCCUCUGCGGCUGCUUCCAUGUGCAUGUUAAGUUGAUUAAGGUUAACUAGUUACGUGUUAAUUACCUGAACUUAGCCUCCAGGAAGUGUACCAUAGCCUUGCCACUUGCUCAGUGUCCUCAGAAACCAUUAGGUGGGAGGUGUACGUAUAACUGAACUCAUGUUUUGGGGCAUCUACUUUUGGAACUCUCUGCUUAUUGACACCAGGCAGGUGCCUUUAAUGUUUUUUGGUGCCUGCUUAAAACAUUUUUGUUUACGUGAGCCUAUCCAGACAUGUAGAUGUUGACAUCUUUUAAUCUCUUUUCCUCUUAAUUUUUAUUAUUUUUGAAUGUUUUGGUUUUUAACUGUAUUUGUUGAUAAUUUUAAUGUUUCUCGUACGCUUUUAAGAGGUUUCACAAGCGGUAUAAAAAUAUUGUUAAAUAAAAAUAUAAGUGAAGUGCUUUGAGUUCUUAAGAAUGGCAUAUAAAUAAUAAGUAGUGGACCACUUGGAGAAGAAGUUUAUCAUUUUUGUAUUUCCUUUCUUUUUCAUACUAAUGUCAUUGUAUGUCUUGAUUCUCCAUUUAUCAGAGGUUACCUUGCAUUUUGUACAUCACAAUAAAGGAGAAAAUGUCUGUUCUUGGGUCUUGUAUCCUCUUUGCUGUUGUUAAUACUGUUCCUCUUCUCUACAGGUGUGGGAUGCUUGUUCUGAGGCUAUGAUAAUCUUUGAUAAAGAUAACUUGGAAGACAUGGGUUAUAUAGUGGAGAAUGAUGUUAUCAUGUCUGCUCUAACCAAACAACUGGAUGCAGUUUCAGGUAGCAGCUACUUUCUCCAAUCUUGGUUUACAUGAAACUCUCGGUGAUUUGGGUUGAGUGGAGGCAUGUGAGAAUGGGAUACAUUUAUGUCCAUCAUAUAACUUGGGGUUAUAGCAAUCAAUUUUAGAAGUAUAGAAAUUAAAUAAAUAAUGUGAUGCUUUCUUGAAAUUGGGUCCUUUUCAAUAUGGUACAGUGUCUCUGCCCCUGGCUUAGAAAUUGGGAGGUGCCUAACCAACAGUCAAAAAAGUACUUCAAGAUAGGAAUUCGGCAACUUAGUGAGCUGUUCUGCCUGAGUAGUUUAGGAUUUUUUUGCUUCUUUGCUUCACUCAUUUGGUGACAUCAAUAUAUUGUGCCCCCAUCAGACCGCGUUGAAGUUCUUUACAGGAGCCGAGCAGUUGGCUACUCCUUGCCCCUUCCUUAUGAAACCUCUGACUCAAGCCCUUGGAUCCAAAUUGAUUUAGCAAAUGGACACAGGCUACAGACCAAACUGUUGGUAAGUAAGCCUUCAUCUUCUGUUUGGUCAGGCACUAUCUCUUCCUAGGUUCUUCUGUUGGAUUUGGUUGUAAUCUCGUGUGGUGCUACUUAAUCAGCACGAAGGGUUAUAAUGGUUAGUAGUAAAACAUGUUCAGUGUGGUUAUACUUGGAUUAACAUUGUGGUUCUAAACAGUCUUACUAGGAAGUAAUUAAACAUGAUGGCAUUCUGGGUAUAGGGAAAAGCCAUUUUUAUACAUAAAUAAGCUAUAUAUUGAAAUGCAGAGGGAAUAUUUGGGUUUCUAUAACUAGUUACUGGCUGAUUAUUCAUAAUGAGACUUGAAGGAAUUAAUUUUUAUUAAAACUGUUAAUGGGUUCUUUUAAUCUCUCUUGUCCACAGAUUGGUGCAGAUGGGCAGAACUCUAUAGUCCGGAAGGCAGCUGGUAUUCAAAAUAUUCAGUAUCAAUAUGGACAGUCAGCUGUAGUUGCUACCCUUCACUUAUCUGAGGUCAGAUCCUAGAAAAUUGGUCAUUUGGGCUGUAUCUUCUGAACAGUCAAAACAGGUGAUGGAAACUUGAUAAUAUGAAUCUGUCUUCUGGUUUUCAUGUGCCGCAGGCAACAGAUAACAACGUAGCAUGGCAGAGAUUCCUUCCAUCAGGACCAAUUGCUCUCCUCCCGGUAAAUAACUUAGUAACACUUGACUUGCCCGUUUUUUAUAUUUGUCUUUUGCCUUUCUUUGUUUAAGCGCUAGUUUGAUAUUAAAAAAAUCAGUUACUGUAUGUUGUUUUAUCUUCAUUAAUCCUCCUCUUAAAGUUAUGAACUCCUUGCACUUGUUUAGGGUGGGGGAAGUUAUUUUUUAGAGACGUAAUGGUUGGAUAUUUUGUGUUUUUAAUUCCUGGUGCUGGGUCAGCUCUCUGACACUGUCAGCUCUUUGGUUUGGUCCACGUCACAUGAGCAUGCAUCCCAACUUCAGAGAAUGGAUGAGGAAAGUUUUGUGGAUUCUAUCAAUUCUGCUUUUGUGAGUACCUUCCUCUUUUUAUUUAUGUUCUCCUAGCAAGAGGCAUGAGAAUCAAGAAGUUAGGGUGGUAUUCAAAAAAAAAAAGUUUGGGUGGUAUUCAGUUAAGUUUUGCUUAGAGUAGACCAAUGGAAAUCGACUUAAUUUAGUUAUGUUCAUUAAUUUUAGUGGGUGUGUUCUGAGUAUUUGAAUGUCACCCUUUAUUUCUAAUAAGUUGUGUGUUUAUGGUAAUUCCUGUGUAGAGGGAAUAUAUUUCUAGCAUCAGUUGGAGAUGGAACAGAUCUUUCUUUCUUUCUCUCUCUGUGAGCAAGUAGUUGGUUUUUUCCCCUUAAGAACCAGACCUUGUGAAAACAAUAUUUAUUUUGUGUAACAGUUCAGCUCACAUCUUUUGGCACACUGCCAAAUGUAGUCAUUUAUACAGUGUGAGGGGACACUGAAAAUAGUAACUAAAUUAAUUCUCCUUUAGAUAUAUCCCAUACAUAAGUUCAAGUUUUUGGCUACUGAAAUUGAAAGUGAAGUGCUGAACUGGUAUUUGAAACUCUGUCACAGUCUUCAGUAAUACAGUGGUGCCUCGCAAGACGAAAUUAAUUCGUUCCGCGAGUUUUGUCGUCUUGCGAUUUUUUUCGUCUUGCGAAGCACGGUGUCGGGAAAGUUUUGGAAAAGCUUCAAAAAUCACCAAAGUCUUUAAAAACCUCAAAAAGGCUACCACACCGCGUUCUAUGAGUUGCUCCUCGAAGUCAAGUCGCAACUGUAUUAACGGUGUUAAGAAAAAGGAAACAAACUUGCAAGACGUUUCCGUCUUGUGAAGCAAGCCCAUAGCGAAAAUCGUCUUGCGAAGCAGCACAAAAAACAAAAAACCCUUUCGUCUAGCGAGUUUUUUGUCUUGCGAGGCAUUCGUCUUGCGAGGUACCACUGUACAGAUGUCAAUCUUUAUAUUGCACCAUAUGUGGUGAUUGUUUACAUAUUUUAUACUUUAGCUUUGAAAUAUUGUGCAUGGUCAUUGGUAAUCUUGUACUGUAUUACACUGGCAAUAUAGAAGCUACCAUAGCAGAGUGGUAAUAUGAGAAGCUAUGGCCUACACGAGGGUAUCCUUUGCUGGAAUACCUCCUCAUGCCACCAUCUCCCUCUUUGAAGGUUAGAUAGAUAGUGGAAUGCUCCUCCCAUCUGAAAUGCAAAUUCUGUGUAGUCUUGCUUUUAUUUCGUGCACAAAACACGUGGAGUUAAUUUGCAAAAACCGAGGCCCUGGUGGUUGUGGACCCCACCAUAGGUUUCUUGCGAGUCCUGUAUGCAAGAUAUUUUGCGGGCAGAUGAUUAGGAGAGAAACUGUUUUAUUCUAAGAUAAGGAUUUCUUAAAACUUAGUAGAGCUUUAGUUCUGACUCUCAUACUCUUGUAAUCUAUUGGUAAUAUUAGGGUGUUGUAUAAAUAAAUCUAUCGUUAUUCAGUGGAGCAACGCAAAUCACUCUGACUUCAUUGAUACUGCUGGAUCCAUGUUCCGAUCUGCUGUCUCUCUCUUGAUGCCAUCGGGGACUGCAGCCCGUCAGCUGCCCCCAAGCGUUGCAAAAGUGGAUCCAAAGAGCCGAGCUGUGUUCCCUCUUGGACUGGGGCAUGCAACAGAAUAUGUCCAACACCGUGUGGCCCUUAUUGGGUAAUUGCACAUUGAGGAACUUUAAUGCUGUGAUAAGGGUAGAUUUGGUCUGGGAAGAGGAGUUCUUAACUGAUGGGAGUAUGCUGUUUUUAGUGCCAGAGGUUGAGAAUCUUGAGGGUAUAACAUUAAUUUUGGAGGGAUUGGUGGAUUGUGUCUGGAGAAAACACAAGUCUAGCUAAUUUAACCCAUGUCCCUAGACACUAGAAUGUUAACAGGGAUGAAUACAAAUUGUGGGAGAAGUCAGCAGGUAUCAAGUGGGGUGUUCAUUUAAGGUUCUAGUGAGGGACAAAAAAGAGCUUUUGAGUCCCAUAUAGUGAAACUCAGGCAAUACUAAUUGGCAGGGUUCUUGUGGAGUACCAGACUUUGUAACUGGCAUAAGCUGACAUUAUCCUUUCCUUUUAGGGAUGCAGCUCACAGAGUACAUCCUCUUGCAGGUCAGGGUGUAAAUAUGGGCUUUGGUGACAUAGCCUGCUUGAGGCAACUUCUCAGCGCUGCAGCAUUUAAUGGGAAGGACCUGGGUAAGAAUUUAAAACUGAAGGAAUUGAUAGCACAGGCGACUUUCAGCUUAAGCGGGGGUUACGUUCCAGGGAUAGUCAAAACACACUGGGUGCAGUGGUGGGUGGGAUUGCCAAAGUUUAUUUUCCCGGAUGCCCGCUCCCCCUUUUAAUUUUUUUGCCAUGCAGGUAAAGCUGAAGGCACACAGGUUAAAUGUGCCUAAGUUGCGAGUUACCUGUAAUACGAAAUGUCACUUCUAGGGUCUCUGCCAUUCAACUUCUUGAUGUAUGAUGUGUUUAAAGUUCUGGCUACUAGCUUUAGGAAUAACACUACCCAUUUUGGGGUAUUUGUGGCAGGAACAUUUUGUGCCCCACAUUUUGUUCUCCUAUAGACUAGGAGAAGCAUUUCUCUGAAAAUAAGAAACUGAUGCCACCAGAUUGGAGUUAAUAAGGAAAGGACAAAGCUGCAACAUGCCACCUAUUCUCAUUUACAAAAAGUUGUUUUAGAAAAUGCUAAGAUGUGCUAGUAGAAAUCCAGGGUGUUAACACGCUCUUAUGUAUUAUUUGGGUCAUGAAUAUAUUACUGUUUUCCUGCUGUGAUUUACAUGGAAUUCCAGAAUGCCAGACUAUAGAGGCAACAUAAUUCACCAUCUGGGAUGCAAUAGUACCACUGUUGUGCUGCUGCCCAUUCAACAUAUGACACAAUAUGACAAAAAAAAUCCUUGCCCAGGAUGAACUUCUUUACAUACUAUGAGUCAGCCCUGAUUGAAUAACUUUGUAGAUGGAAUCUAGCUCAUAGGUACCUGUGGUGCAGCUGAAUCACCAGUUAAUUUACUCUGGAAUAAUCUUUCUGUUCUAGGCUCUUUAAAGCAUCUACUACAGUAUGAAAGAGAGCGGCAAAAGCACAACCUAUCUCUCUUGGCUACAACAGACUUAUUAAAGAGGCUGUACUCUACAAAUAUAGCUCCUUUUGUACUGCUAAGGACAUGGGGAUUGCAAGCAACUAAUGCUGUUCCUCCAAUUAAAGUAAGAUUUUUUUUUUUGAAGUUGCUUAUUAAAUUAAGAUUAAGAAAUUUGCUUAAUCCCAAAUAAGAGUGUUGCAACUAGAGUGUAGCUUCCCUAAGUAUGUGUCUCCUUCCUAUGGCAAGGUUGCGUAGUCACUAGCAUUUAGACUAGGGCACUAAAUCUAGAGCCUAAAUAUUUGAUUAUUAUUUAUAUCUUGCCUUUCUCCAUUUGGUAGACCCAAGGUGGGUACCAAUUCAGAUGAAUUUCUGGAAUUAAACAAUUUGCUCUUCUUAUGGUUCAAGAGGGAGGAAUGGUUCCUUCUUUAUAGGAACUAUCCAAUUCCCCAGCUCUCACCUUGAGCCCCACCAGGUAUUUGUAGAGACGAAUGUAUGAACGCGCUGUAAUUUCCAAGUGCAAUGGGAUGUGUCCAAAAUGGCACAGACCUAUGGGAAACAUUUACAGUACAGUGAUAUUUGAAUUAAAACCAAACCAAUAGCCUGUAGUUUGCACUUCGGUAAUUAGGUUUGGCCCAAUUUAUUCUUUCCUAUGCCAGGUGGUAAGGUAACACACAAAUGCAGGAAAUGGGAUCAUCUUAUUUCCUACUAGGACAGCUUAGAAAAGGUAUCAUAAUUGCUGUCUUUGGUCCAGCCAUGCUAGUUCCCCCAUUAAGUGUGCUUGGUGAACAGUACUAGCGUGUCUGGAGCAACACAAAUGCCACAAGCUGACACUAUCCACGCAGACCCACAGUGCAGCAUCUGUGGCAGUCUUUCAUAUCCUGAAGGGAGGUGUGAACUGGUUAAGUAAGAAGCAUUGCCGUUUGGUGCUUAUGAGAGAUUACCCUAAAGGCUUCUGGUGUAGCCUCUCAUUUUCAGCUGGGAAGGUAUCUGCAGAGCUGAGUAGAUAUUUAUAGGAUUGCACUGUUAGUUUAUUAUGUACUUAAGAAGUGUAAAGCAAACAAAAGCUAGCUUGUGCAUGUCAUAGCUGAUGACAUUGGAGUAGAGCUCUCUUAUAUCUUAGUAAUCUUGCUUUAGAUCCCCUCUGUGCCCUGUCCGGCAGCAAAGGGUGGCAGAGCUUCAUCAGAAAUAGAAAUAACGUUCUUUCUUCUUUCUUUAGGAGCAGAUCAUGGCUUUUGCUAGCAAGUGACAUCCUUGUGACUAGGAUGAUAGUUCCUGCGUGGUUGCUGUAUACUCAUUAAUUACAAAGACUGUGUUUGAAAUGGUAUUAAAACAAAACGGGGAGCACAGUAUUGCCUUACGUUUGCCGAUUGUGGCUGGAGUUCUUUCCUCCAAGAGAACCAGCAGAUUGUUUUCUUCUAGAAUGUCAAGGUCUAUCUCUAAUCUGACACAGUACUGGAUCUGGAACUCUAAAUAUUGGCCUUGAAAACAGUAUUGUUGGAAUGAAUUUACUUGUAUCCAGUUUGAAGAUCGCAUGCAGGAUUUUUUUUUUACUGCUUCGGACAAAAGAUUCUGAGCUGCAAGCUUAGUCGGCAUCUCUUUCAGCCUUCUUGGCUGCGAAACAGAGGAGCAGAAUGUUGCUCCCUCUUCAAGACUGCACUGAUUCUCUUCUGCCUCCAAGGACUGCAAGACUGAGACUCAAGUUACAGAAUGGAGUCUGAGAACAUUUUGUUAAAAAUAUUGUUUAAUUACUAAAAUAGACAUUCAAAGAGCCCUGUCAUAGUCAUGUGCCAAACAACCAGGCCAGACAUUAUCAGUUUAAUGGCAUUACAGCACCAAGUAAUGUGAACACAACUAAUAAGUAAGGAUAUUUACGCUAUCGUCUGACAAUUUACUACUUUCAGAACUUGUCUGAAAAGAUAUUCUAAGGCUUAUCAGCACUCAACCUGCACUUGCAAUGCUACAUCUGUGGAAAUUUAUUUAAGAGGGGCUCAGUCUGCUUAACAGUUUAGCUUAACUUUUUAAAAUAGGUUUAAGCUAAACCAAAAUAAGUGUCCUUUCAACCUACAAGAUUAUGUAAAACUUAAUCUGCUUUCACUUCUGACUUCUUAAAAACUCUUAAUUUAGUACACUGUUAAAUAUGUGUUUCUUUCCUCCUCCGCCAAUUACAUAGCUGCUUUUCAACAAGGCCACCGUACAGAUCAUUAUACUGCGAAUAAUCUCAUUGCACUAGGAAAGGUAUGGGCAUUUGUGGAAGCGAGAUAGAAUUCUGUACCACCACCACUGGGAUCAUAAGAGGAAGAAACUACUUGUCUGUCUUGCGCCCUACCCGACAAACUCAACUGGUGCCCAGUUUUGGUUGACUAUAGAAAUGGUCUCUUAAUUAGCAGCAGAAGUUACUCAUCAAUCAAAACACGUAGUACCUGAAGAAAUAAAGACCCUGAAUUUUUCAAACAUAGGUUAACUUUGGUAGAGGAAGAGCAAUGCAAAGAAAAAAGAAUCUUGUGCCUGAGUUUACAAAUGAGGUUUCAGAGGAAAAGUUUAUAAUGAGUUUUAACAAACUAUGUUGCUCUGGUCCAGUACCAAACAUUUUGCUUCCAGUUUGCCAUCUUCUUUACUACUUGCCUCAUGGGACAAGAAAGCAAGGUGCAGAGAAGCUGGGCUUUGAUUUAGGGUUAUAGGGAUAAGUUGAGAAGAAUUAAUGAGUUCAGACACUUAAAAAGAGGGUAGUGCAGAAUAGUUCCUGCCAAACUAAGGCUUCCAUCAUAAUUUUCUAAUGUAUACUGAAAUAGGUAGAAAUAAAGGCUUAUACAGGGCAAUAGGAUACACAGUCAAGAGGCUAAUCCUAUGCACUUACUUGUGAGUAAGUCCCAAUGAGCUAAUAGGAAUUACUUCAGAGCAAACAUGCCUAAGAUGCACUGUAAGUGUCCCAACUUUGUAUUCUGCAGAUAUUGCCAUAAUACCUUUUCAUAUCCAGUAAGAGGGCAGUGGGCCGAAAGUGUUGUCAAAUGAGAUAUUGGGUUGGCAUGUCUUAACCUAAUUUGGUCAAGGUUUCUUUAGCAAGCGUUUACACUGUACUGGUAUAUCUGGACAACACAGAGAUGAAACACUUUGUGCAGUGGCUACCAUGUUAAGUCUCAUAUUUAUGCAGUCUGAAAUGUCCUGCUCAAACACAAUGUUUAAGGUAUGACAGCAUGUAGUGCAUCAGCUUCAGUGGUAGUCCCAUGCUGGGGUCCAGUUAACCAUACCAUUUUCCAAGGAAGUUUAUUUCAGAGGCCUUCAUUUGCAACUGGAAGGAGGCACCAGGAUGCCUUGCAUUAAAAGUUUCUUUAAGGCUAGACUGAGAAGCAAAUUAUUUAUGUCAGUUCAUCCCCAGCACUCCUCGUGGUCCUCUAAAGUAGCCAGAAAAUGCUUAUAUACAAGCCUUUGCUUGCUCUCAGCUUUAGAGAUGUAAAGAGGAGAGAAGUUUUUGGGAUGUUCCUAAAGUCUUUACCGCUAUGUUUAGCCAGCUACUUAUAUGUGAGGGUUGACAAACAAGUUUUUCCACUGACUGUCACAACUAAAGCUCCACCAGUUUCAGCAGCCCUCUUCAGGAGUCAACUAAUCUUAAAAAUCUUAACUUGUUAAAUGUCAAAGGGUUGGUAAAUGGCACACUCCGGCUUUGUUUAAAAACAACUCAUUACGUAAGCAUCUAUUUGAGAUUUGAAUCUUAAGUUUCAUGCACAAGAAGGCCUGCAAAAUAUUAUUAUGGAGGAAGAUCAAUAUUGGGAUGCAUUGGUACCAAAUGUGUACAAAUGCCUUUGCUAAAGAUGUGCUUCACCUCUGCACAAGAUCAGCUCCAAAGCUAUAAACCCAGAAUUCAGGCCCUUUGGCAUCAGUUAAGCAAUUGUACAACGAAGCACAUCUUACUACCCUAGAAGGACCCAUCUUAUUACAGCUUGGAACCACUCAGUCUUAAAGGUAACCAGUUCUACUUUGGUCUGUGUUUGGCUGUAUGCUCAUCAGAAUUGCCUUUUCUUCUUUCAAGAAAAUAUAAUAUUCUAUAGAUGAUGUUUUCUCAAUGGGAGAGUCCAAGAGAUUGCAGGAGGUGAAAGGUAGCACCUAGAGCCCAGCUUGUCUCUAUGUUGUUCACUUUCUUUGCCAGCUGUAAAAGAAGAAAAGUAAAAGAUCAAUUACCCUUGUUCCAAUACAGACAUUUUAGGCAGAGUACAUUUUUAGUGUAUAGGCUGAGUAUAUUUUCCAGUAUAACUCCAGAUGGAUAUGAUAGAAAGUACAGUUGCAGUAAAAAUAACUGCAAGUUAGAUCUCAAACAAGGAUAUCUGACUACUGGACACUAAGCAGCAUUCAAGUCAAUUUAAACUGGGAGUUAACUACUGCAACUACUUAUUAAUGAACAGUGACUUCCUGCUGUUAUGAGUUUAAAUAAUAAAAGUCUUCGUUAAAAUCCCAUACUGUUAAGUUUGAGCUGCAUUUGACUAGAAGAAAAAAACAGGAGCUGCAAAGACUUUUAACAGGUGCUGUGGGUUAAACCACAGAGCCUAGGACUUGCCGAUCAGAAGGUCGGCGGUUCGAAUCCCUGCGACGGGGUGAGCUCCCGUUGCUCAGUCCCAGCUUCUGCCAAAAGCACGUCAAAGUGCAAGUAGAUAAAUAGGUACCACUCUGGCGGGAAGGUAAACGGCAUUUCUGUGUGCUGCUCUGGUUUGCCAGAAGCGACUUAGUCAUGCUGGCCACAUGACCUGGAAGCUGUACGCCGGCUCCCUCGGCCAAUAAAGCGAGAUGAGCGCCGCAACCCCAGAGUCAGUCACGACUGAACCUAAUGGUCAGGGGUCCCUUUACCUUUAUUCUUUACCAUGCUAAAAUAAGUAAAAUGUAGAUUCACCCACCCCAUUUCACCAAAGCAUAUGGAACAAAGUACCAGUACCAACAACUAGUCAAUAAAAUAAAAUCUUAAACCGAGGCUUCUUUCAACCAUUUUUACUUGCCUGUAAAACUGUACUGUCUCCAAAUCCAAAUCCUUCUUUUAAUAAAGCUGUAAUGUAACUGAGAUCCAUACAAAGGAAAGGACUGGCAGAGCUGUAGCUGUCCAGAUUGUCACAUACUUCAAAGAAAAAAUUGAGAAGAAUAGUCACCAGUAUUGGAGUAAGUGACUCCAAAAUAAACAGUAUUAUCACAAAGACUAUUAAAUGUAAUUCUAGCUGAAUGCGAACCACAACUCGGACAUGUAUGAUCCUAUAGGUCAUUCCACAUUUGUUCAUUCCCACCUGUGCUACACUUGUGCAUAAAUUAGUUUCAAAUGCUGCUUUAGGAGCAUUCGAGAACAAGAACCAUGGAAAAUGGUGCAAGUGCAAUAAUAAACCGAGUUGGGAGCCAUCACUCUUCUACUUGUUCCCAAUCCCUUAAUUGUUUAGUAUAUGUUUUUAGCUACUCCAAAGCAGAAUAUUUUCUACCUGGAAGAGAGAGGAACUUGCUGGCCAUAUUAAGACUGUGCACUUUAAAUGGUUCCUAAAUAUAUAUACACGUGAAUGCACUUUAUUGGAAUACAUAAUCUAUGCAAGUAUAGUGGUACCUCGGGUUACAGACGCUUCAGGUUACAAAUGCUUUGGGUUACAGACUCCGCUAACCCAGAAAUAGUACCUCAGGUUAAGAACUUUGCUUCAGGAUGAGAACAGAAAUCGUGCAGCGGGAGGCCCCAUUAGCUAAAGUGGUACCUCAGGUUAAGAACAGUUUCAGGUUAAGAUCAGACCUCCAGAACGAAUUAAGUUCUUAACCCGAGGUACCACUGUAGUUGAAAUGCUUGUGGACUGGCUGACUUGCCCUUAUAAAAUCAUAGACUCAUAGAAUUAUAGAGUGAGAAGGGAUCCCGAGGGUCAUGGAAUGCAGGAAUUUUGCCCACAGCCAUCCUUUGGUGGGCUCAAACCACCAACCUUCUGGUUAAUAGCCAUGGUUGUUUCAUGGCUAUUCCAUAGUUGUUCUCUGAAUUCAAACGUGCAGAGUGAAUUCCUAAUUUCUUAAGCAGUUACUCGGAAACCUGCUUUAUUCUGAUCAAACCAUUAGCCUUACCUUGUCCCUAAACAACAAUGGUCUGAUAUUUCAAAUGUCAGUGAGUGACUAAAAUACACCCUCACAUGGCACUAUUUCAAAGUGACAUGACUACUGCUCCAUUAACUGGAAGUACCCUAAUUCAACUCUCAGAGUACAUUUUACCUUCUUUGGCUUUUCUUCUAAAGUCUUCCACUUUGAGAACACCGCCUUUCUCAUAAUCUGAAAUGUCAAAAGAUAAGGGUCAUCCUCUGGCUACGAGAUACAGUGAAAAACUGAUAAAGCACUUAUCUCUGUGGCAAGUGUAGUAGUCUACCCAACACAAGUUAUAGCGGGAUUUCCUGAUCAAUUUAGGAUGGCAUGGGAUGCUGAUAAUAAAAAACCCCAAACAUUUAAAUGAGUUACAAUGUGGUGUUUGGCAGAUUCAGAUAUGGUCCUUAAAGCCAUGGUUUUCACAUUUUCUUCUCACAGAUUUCCUUUCCAUGCCAACUGGUCUAUGAAGGAAGCCGUUUGUGUCUGCCACGGAACCCCAAUACGUAAAACAGCUAAUGCAAAUAGUCUGUUUACCCAGAGUCCUGUCACUGGCCUAUGGAACAUACCCUUGGUAGGUGGACUGACUAGGAAAGAAAUACAGCAAACAUUAAUGACAAACAUUUAAGUUGUCAUUUAAACAUUUAAUGUUUAUUUAAUUUAAAACAAGUUAAACAUUUAAGCACUAGCUUCAACUCAGAUCAUGGGCACCAGUAUAGCAUUUAUGGGCAAAGCAGCAAACUUAUGGACUUCUGGUGCCCACAAAGACUGCCCCCCUGCUUACUGCCCCCUUUGUCAUGAAGCGAGGAGGAGGAGUUCCUCCUUCAUCCCUACCAAGGCCUGUAAAACAACAAGCAUGUACAAACACAUAUUUUGUUGGGAGAGAUGCAACUAGAGGGGGUGAUAGCUACACACACACACACACACACACACACACACACACACACACACAGGGAGAGAGCUCAAAACGUGCCCAUCAACCCAAAAAGGCUGGUGACCCCGUGAGCCAUGAUAGCCUGGCAGUGGCACCUGCCCAACCAACUGUGCUGCUGCUUUCAUUCUCCACAGGAGUGAAUGAAAUAACACCAAUCAUUUAUACAGAAGGAAGCAUGCAAAAACACUCCUUUAUUGUUAAGGCUCUUCCAGAGGUUAAAGGAAUUCUGUUCUAAGCACUACGUUUGCACUAUCCUCAACCAUCUGCAGCCACACUUUAAUCCAUCCUCAUACAACUGAAAAGGGGAAGGCACGUUUUAAAAGGUUCAUAAAGUGGUGCUGGCUGCAUUGCUCAUGCUUGUGAUAUUCAAUAGGUGCCAGUGACAUCUGGUGCAACCACAUUCACAAUGGAUACACUAUCUGGGCUGGGGGAAUCAUAUUUCUCCAGGUACAAUAUAUACUUCCAGUGCUUACCAUGCCGGGAUAAUAAGAUAUUCCUGCAACAAAUGAACGACCCAUGUGCAUUCAUUGCAUGAAUAGAGGAGCAUCUGGAACGGCUCAUCGAGUCCCAUCGUGUAGGUGACUGACUGAAAGAAGGGCAUUCAUUCCCCAAGGGUCAUAGAGCUCAAGCAAGAUUUCAAAUGUUUGCUAUUCACCUAUCAGGGCGGUGUCCACAGCCCGAUCGUAAUAAUAGGAAAAGGCAUAGAAGGAGCUGUGCCGAAUCUCAUCUGGUUGAUGCAGUUUUCCCUUUACCACCUCCAACACUUCAGAAUAGCAAGGUUCAAAUCCCGUUUCUCCUGGCAGGGUAAACACACAAAGGUAAGUUCAACAUGUCAUGAAUCCCAUUGCAGAUAAGUGCAGAAUUGCUAACAAUGAAAUUAAGGAAAGUGCAACAGUUGUAAAUGGUCUUUCUUGACAGCUUUGCAAUAUUGGCACAGCCUGGGCACAUUCCCAUCUCUAUCCUUACGCUUUAUGAUUAUACAUUGUUUUUUAAAAACAAACAAGCAAACCCUAGGUGAUGGGGAAAGGGGUCCUCUACCCGAAAAGGACUCUCUUACAACUGUGAACAUACACCCAAUAUUAAAUGCCGUAGAUGUCAGGGAAUUAUGCAAGGUAACCUUAUUGUGAGCCUUGUGAUCCAAAUACAGUAAUGGAGAUUUUAAUGGAGCAGAAGUGACUCAUUUGCCUGGUUUGCACACCACACCGAGACAAACCAUGGCUUAGCACAAACGUGUUGGUUUGGAGAAAAGAUGGUGGCUGCUUUGCUCGUUCCCUGAUUGUUUUGCAUCUGUUCCACGCCGAGCUAACCCAUGGCUUACCAUGUCCAAAACUGGGGUUGUGAUUCAGCUCUCCUGGACAAAACUUGGUUAGAAUUUGUGCUUAGUCUGGACAACACUAAACCACAAGCCUGGGUUGAGACGACACCCUAAGCCAAACCGGUUUAACUCAAGCAGAGCAUGGAAGCAAAAUGACUGGCUGUGAUCUCUGGGAGCCCACUCACUCGGGUCUUUGUGCUAAGCUUCCAUUUGGCUUAGCAUGAUAUGCAAACAGGGCCACAGUGGCCAGAGAAGAAAGGAAAUGCUGUCUUCCUGGACCUAAAAUUUAUGUUCUGUGCCUGCUGCAAUCUGAAAUGGAAACUCAAUAAAUAUUAGAAAAAAAGAAUGUCCGUUGCUAUUGCCUGUGCAAAAUAGCUCAGGUCUUAUCUUGACACCUCUUCCUGACUAAAGCCACUGUGUCUUCACGAAUCUCUGACUCAUCUCCCAGCUUUCUCUCUUCUCUGUCCUUAAAUACUAGGUUUUAAUAAAAAUAGGUAUUCCUUUAAUCCACGAUUUAAGAACUUCCUGUUUUCAAUAAAUCAAAUCCAGAACUGGCCUAUCUUCUACGGGUCAGUUUUGAAAGAUGAUCACACUCCAAGCGAGCAAAAAGGGGAAAUGUUUCCAUGCGGCUGCAAGCUGCGCCUGCAAAGAAGUAUUAUGCAGUGCUUUCUCUGCCACAAGCAAGCCCUGCUUGUGGCAGGGAUAGGUAAAGGGACCCCUGACCAUUAGGUCCAGUCAUGGUCGACUCUGGGGUUGCGGUGCUCAUCUCGCUUUAUUGGACGAGGGAGCCGGCGUACAGCUUCCGGGUCAUGUGGCCAGCAUGACUAAGCCGCUUCUGGCGAACCAGAGCAGCGCACGGAAACACCGUUUACCUUCCUGCCGGAGUGGUACCUAUUUAUUUACUUGCACUUUGAAGUGCUUUCGAACUGCUAGGUUGGCAGGAGCAGGGACCGAGCAACGGGAGCUCACCCCGUCGCGGGGAUUUGAACCACCAACCUUCUGUUUGUUUGUUUUUUAAAUGAUAUUUAUUACUUUUUUAACAUUUCCAACACAAACUAAAAAAGAAAAAAGAAAGAAAAGAAAAAGCAAUGCAAAUACAAUACACAAACGCUACAUGAACUAAAAAAACAAAUAAAAACAAGCAAAAACAGUUUAAAAUCACCUCAAACAUUUUCAAUAUCUUAUAUUUCAUUCCCUUAUUUCCAGCGGCCUCCUCCCACCUCCCUUUUUGUAUUCCACUUCCAUUAUUUGUUUCAGCAAUUCCUUUCCAUCUUACUCUGUUUUCUGUUCUAUAAUUAUCUUAACACAUUCUUGCCAUACUUUUCCUUUAAUUUUCUAUUAAUCUAUUUAUACCUAAUUCCUUAUGACAUUUCUACUAAAGCCAUAUAAUUUCAUUCCAACAUUUUUCUAACAUUCCUUAAUUUUACAAUAUCUCUAUAAAUGGUCUUUAAAUUUCUUCCAAUCUUCUUCCACCAACUCUUCACCCUGGUCUCGGAUCUUGCCAGUCAUUUCCGCCAAUUCCAUAUAGUCCAUCAAUUUCAUCUGCCAUUGUCCAACACUUCAAUGUUUGAACCGCCAACCUUCUGAUCAGCAAGUCCUAGGCUCUGUGGUUUAACCCACAGUGCCACCUGCGUCCCUUUGUGGCAGGGAUGGCUUCAUUCAAAACUUCUGUUCCGGAGUCUCUUGAGUGGAGCCAAUCCCAGAAGAUCUGGUAUUCAGGACCAAGUUUAAAGAUAUUGAAUGCAAGCCCCACUUGCAGGCAAAUUAGUGCACUUUAACACUCCUUGUUGUUCCUUUGCAGCUACAGCUGUACUACACCUGAUGUCGUAGGAAGUCACAUGUGGGGUAAGUGAAUAUGGCCUGGGGUAAAAUGCCUCAUAGCUUAAAUUGGGACUGCUGGCCUCCAGGCUAUAGGUUCCCCACCUGUGCCCUAUGAAUUUUAUUUAAAAUAGUUACUUAAAAAAGAAAACCCUCCAAGUGUAAGUAGCAAAAUGUUUAGAAGUGGGGAGCAUACAACAUAAAAUUCACAUCAAGCAAAUAAAUUAUGGCAAUGGACAGCUUCACUGAGAUUCAGAUCAAGGAUUCCCAGAUGAAAUAAGAAUACAAGAGACCGGCCAUGUUACUUCAGUGGGACAAUAUACUCCAACGAGCACAAUCAAUGGCUUUUCAGCUGAAGAUCUGUUUCCUGAUCAUUAUUAUUUCUGGCUGGGUCUAAACCAUUUCAAGCCAUUACCCCAGCAAUAAGCUCCCUGGGACCAGAAGAUAGAUGAUAGAUAGAUAGAUAGAUAGAUAGAUAGAUAAAAGUCAGAGGAGCAGCAACAGUCUUGGGAAACUUUAUCUCUCUAACUUACCUUCUUUGUUGCCACCAUACUGGUAUUUCACUCCCCCAAAGUGCCAUUCUGCCUCCAGCUGUUUUGGCAAACAUGAACUUCGGAACGUCCGUCCAUCUGAUGCUAAAGAGAAUAUAGAUCGGGUGAAAUCAAUAAUGCUUAUGUUUUUCAGUACCCUUGGUACUUGAAGGAAAAGGAAGUUGGGAAAAGUUCAAAUGCCAAAGUCCAUUUAUAGAAGAAAAUCAAGUUUUUUCUUGUUUCCCCAAAUAGGAAGCUCAGUCCACUAGACCAGGAGUAGCUAAUCUUUGGUCUUCCAGAUGUUGGUGUACUGUAGUUCCCAUCAAUCCUGACCACUGGUCAUGCUGGGUUGUUGGAGCAGAUGGGUGUUAGAAUUCAACAACAGCUGGAGAGCCACACAUUUCUCACCCCUGCACUAAACUCUAUGUAGGCAGGUGGGUCCUGUAUAGACAGGUAGGUGAAAAAUGGAAGAGACAGAUACAGGUUGAGGAAUGCUUCUGCUCCCAGCCAAACUGGACUAAAAAUGUAUAGAUGGGGCAGCAAUGUACAACACCGGGAUGGAGGCCAUGAAACUUAAGUGUAUUCUGGGUGAGUUGGCAUUAUAAUGGGAUGUGAAAAUGAUAAUAGCUGUACGUGCUACUCAAAGGGUCUUGAUAUUAAUAUGUUAGUGGACUCCUAGGCCAGGCUUCCUCAAACUUGGCCCUCCAGAUGUUUUUGGCCUACAACUCCCAUGAUCUUUAGGCAGCAGGACCAGUGGUCAGAGAUGAUGGGAACUGUAAUCUCAAAACAUCUGGAGGGCCGAGUUUGAGGAAGGCUAAUCAAAAGGAGGAGACGAUACUUAGAAGGUUCUCAAGUAGGAAGAGCAUCCCCUGAACCCAAAUUUUUUCACAUUCGAGCAAAACAGGAAGCUGAGUUGCUGAACCGUUUAAAAGAGCUGAAGUAGUAUAUCUACUGUUUAGAAUGUAGAUCGUAAUCAUGGUGCUUGUUUGUUUGUUUGUUUGUUUGUAAUCACAACCCAAACUCACCUCCACCCAAAGGCUUGGUUUUAAUAAGCAGUUACCCACCACAAAGGGCAGCUACAAUUGCUUUCCACAAUUUGGCUCCUCUUUGAGUUUAUCUUUCAGCUGGCUUGUAUAAGCCUACAGAGUGCCAUGUUACCUGUCUCAGUGACAACAGAAUCUCAUUAAAAGGAAAAUGCACACCAGGAAGGGGAUAAAGAGACAGUCAGCCUGUCAGAAGCUGGUCUAGGACCAUUUCCCAUUAGAAUUCUGAACAGGACAAAUUCUAGGGACUGGAUGAAUCCACUUAGCUGGAUGAACCCCCCCCCCCCGAGUCCAUCCACACACAAAAACACAAAGCUAUUCUGUCUGACUGUACCUUCCAUUUCCAGGGCUCCCAAUGUAGCAAGCCGUGCAGCCUUCAGACCAAACCCCAAAUAGCUGUAAAAUGAAGAAGGCCAAACAGCACUUGGUUAAAGUCGGAGUUCAUCCUAUCCCACUUACAAGACUAGGCAAUUUUAUGAACAAGGAUAUAAGAUCAAUACUCUGCUAAAACAGCCUCCUCCUUGCUAAGCCCAUGUAUGAAAUGUUAGCAUGUGGCUCUUUACAGUAAUCCACAGACUACCUGUUUAUUAUAAUGAGAAUAAAGACACAUGUGGGGUUGUGAUAACUAGCAAGAGAUGCGAUGCUGACUUCAGAAUAAGCAAUACAAAUUAUUAAGGCAAUAUUACAUCUGGCAAAUACCUAACAGUGUCCUUAAAAAUAGUCAUUUGCAUAGAACUGCCUCACUCACCUGUGUGUGUAGAGCUUGUAAGUGCUGUUGAACAUUUCAAAUGAGGUAAGGAAAUCUACUGGUGUUUGCUCUAGGGUUUCCUAAAAUUAGGAUAAUGAAAAAGGUUUCUUCAGUGACUUUAAAAUUUCAAGAUACAUUUGUGUAACAUUAGUACAGCAUAUAACAUUCACACGAGUCUUGAAGAGACAAGAGAAUUUUGAUAAUCUUAAGCUAUUAAUGUUCAGAAAACAUCUGCUCUACUGUAGUAAGGAAGAAAAUCUUCUAUGAAGGUUGAUAAUGAAUGUAGUCACAGUCAUAAAUUGAUGAUGCUGGAAAGCUCACAAUAAGGAAAAAAGGUAAAGGACCCCUGGAUGGUUAAGUCCAGUCAAAGGCAACUAUGGGGUUGUGGCGCUCAUCUCGCUUUCAGGCCGAGGGAGUUGGCGUUUGCCCACAGACAGCUUUCCGGGUCAUGUGGCCAGCAUGACUAAACCGUUACUAGUGCAUUGGGACACUGCAAUGAGUGCCAGAGCACAUGGAAAUACCGCUUACCUUUCUGCUGCAGCGGUAUCUAUUUAUCUACUCGCACUAGUGUGCUUUCGAACUGCUAGGUCAGAAGCUGGGACAGAGCAACGGUAGCUCACCCCGUUGCGAGGAUUCGAACCGCUAACCUUCCGAUUGGCAAGCCCAAGAGGCUCAGUGGUUCAGACCACAGCACCACCCACGUUCCCUGGUCAGAAUAUACGUAUGAUAAUAAGAUACAGGCACUACUUUAAAGAACAAGCUGCAACAUUUUGGAAGUCACAGCUUGAAAAGCAACAUUAUCAAAUGCAUACCAUUUCACAUUAUUUCUGGUAUUUAAAACACUUUUACAAAGAAGCCUAACAACCUAAUGAAUAUUAUUAUAAUAAUUUCAUAAUAACAAUAAUUUAUUAUUUGUAUCCCGCCCAUCUGACUGGGUUGCCCCUGCCAGAUUAAAGCAGCCUAGAUCUAAAUGAAAUAAAACAUGAAAUAAAUAGGACACCUGCACCAAAUUAUCCAACAUUUGGGCAACCUCGAGAUUCCUCACCUCUCGCUGUGGCAGGAAUGUGAUCUGGGUUGAGGCUCCUCCCAGAUCCAGGGUCCCCACCGUCUGCUGAUUCCGGCCAUACAACUGCCCUGCAGGGAACAUUGAAGAAGUUCAAAGACUACCCACAUGCCCAGAGAGUUUCCAUGUUAUCUAUUAUUUGCAGCCCUGAAUGGAUUUCAGCAGCAGAGUCUUCUGAAAAUUUGCACUAUAAAUAUCCAACUACCUACUCAGUUUUUACGGAACAGACUCUAUCCAAGCCUCAAAACUGAAAUCACAAAGCAGUAAUUACCUGUCAAAAAGUUCACAGUGAUCCAGGCUAGUAUACCUGCAAAAAGGAAGGAAAAGUAACUGAAAUCUAUCUUGAGACCCAAAUGCAAUCCAGAAAGAUAUCCACUGCUGCUAGAUUUCCACCUCUAUCACUGUUCAAGCAUAAUCUCUUCCAAUCCUUCCCUAGGUUUUGAAUAUGUUCUAGUCUCCACCCCCAUCAGCCUUCACUGUUUUCCAUUUGAGACCUUCCACAAUUCCGCUCUUGAAAUAUAUUUGACUUCAUUUCUAACCCACAAAAAAUGUAUUAUCCUUACUCUUAGUGGACAUGCUUAACAGGCUUGUCAGCUUAGGGACAAUUCACUUGACCACUUUGGCAUGUUGAACAUGUGAGGGGGAUCCAGGCUGAGUUUAGCGCGCAAUAAGUAUGGUGGGAUAGCUUUGCACUGCUCACUGUUUCCCAUCUCAGAAAAUAUUUUGGCUUGCAAAUGUGCAGGCAGGGACUGUGCUCUUUUGCCUGUACUUCCCAAUAAGUAACAAACAAUAAUUCACUGUUCAUCACAAAGGUAUGGAAAGUGAGUUGAAGAUCAUUUGGUAAAUGUAGGCUGACUGAAAAACCAUGCUUGUGAGGAAACAGAAAACCUCUACUCCAGCUGUCAUUGUUAGUCAGAUUAGGGGUAGGAAAUCUCAGGCUCAGGGGCCAAUGCAGCCCUCCAGGCCUUUCCAUCUGGUCCACAGAACCCUACCAGGUCAUGCCCCAUCCAUAGGCCACACCUCUCUCCAGCCCUGUUCCACGUCCUCUUCCACUGCUUUUCCUUCACCAAAAGACUAUGUCCCUGACCUUUGACAAUGCCAGUUGUUGAGACUGGGGCAGGGGUGCGCAUAAAGACCUCUGACAAUGUAGCUGACUGUACAAAGGUAAAAGUCUCACCUGUCGGGCAACAUACUUUUGUCUCCAACCCUGCACAUCUCUGGCAUACAGGGGCUCCCACCCCCCUGGGCUAGAUACACUUAAAACUAUUUACUCACUAUGCCAGUUUGGCUACUUGAAUUUGUCCUUUGCUUGAGUUUCUUCUAAUUGCAAACUAUGUGACUGCUUUCCAUCUAACAGUACUUGCAUUAUGAAAUGUUGCCAUUAAAACCAAGGAGACUCUUUGCUUUCCUGUGUAUGGAACCUAAUUCUCCUCUAGAAACUUAAAGCGUCUCUUUGGGACUAAGAAAGAUAUUGUGGUUUGGCCACUGUGAUACCAGCAAUAUUUUACCUUUCAUUUGGCACUGGGGAGAUGCUACUCCUUCCCUCUUGCUUCUGUGGUUAUUCUUCCUCACUUGAUCCCCUCCCUUUUCUUUCUCCAUGAACUCACCUCCAUUCCUUCCCAUUUUCUGCCUCCCAGGACCCACCUUCAUAAGAUCCAUCCAUGAUGCUAACACUGUUAUCAGGAACUAGAAAUGGUGACUCCUCAAAGACCGC